AUGGCGGUGUCGCGCUCCCUCCGGCGCACCAGUCCCAUCACCUACAUCCUCGCCGGCACACUCUGCAUCUUCUUCCUCUACUUCUUCUUUGGCGACAGCGCAGACAUUGCCGCAGUAACCACGGCGCCACGGCAGCUGUUGAAGAGCAAGGAUGCCGCUUCGAACGCCCUCUCUCCUCCCUCCUUGCCCUUCCGCAAGCCCGCGCAAUUGGGUCCAAACGAAGUUGCGCCUCCGCCCCCGGUGGUCCACUACCAUAUGAACAACGUCACGACGACCAGCGAUCCAAUCGGGAACAGGGAGUCCAUCCUCAUAUUAACACCGCUGGCGAGGUUUUAUCAGGGAUACUGGGACAAUCUAUGCAAGCUUUCCUACCCACACGAGCUGAUUUCGUUGGGCUUCAUCAUACCGAAGGGACGAGAAGGAAACCUGGCCACACAGCAGCUACAAGAGAGGAUAGCAAAGACACAAUUGCCGACGAACAAGAACCGAUUUGCCUCGAUCACGAUCUUGCGACAGGACAGCGAGCCGCCCGUGUCGCAAACGGAGUCGGAGCGGCAUGCGAUUGCCGCACAGAAAGAGAGAAGGGCUGCAAUGAGCAGAGCCAGGAAUAGCUUGCUCUUCACAACACUGGGUCCAACGACAUCGUGGGUGCUUUGGCUCGACAGCGACAUUGUUGAGACACCGCACUCUCUCGUCGAGGACUUGGCUUCUCACGACAAGCCAAUCAUUGUGCCAAACUGCUUCCAAAGAUAUUACAACAAGGACAAGGAAGCCGAAGAUACGCGACCGUACGACUUCAACAGCUGGGUAGACUCGCCCACUGCUCAAGGUCUUGCGGCCAAGAUGGGUCCGGAUGAAAUCCUUCUGGAAGGAUAUGCGGAGAUGGCGACGUAUCGGGCGCUGAUGGCGUACAUGUCGGGUACGGAACAGUAUGCCAAGAUGUUCGCAUGACUUGCUGACCAGUCUCAGAGGACCAUGGCGAUCCGAGAAAGGAGGUCGAGCUAGACGGCGUUGGAGGCACCGCUCUGCUUGUCAAGGCAGAUGUGCACCGAGAUGGAGCCAUGUUCCCACCAUUUCCAUUCUACCAUCUUAUUGAGACGGAGGGAUUUGCCAAGAUGGCGCAGAGGCUGAAUUGGAAAUCGUACGGAUUACCGAAUUACUAUGUAAGUUUCACAUGGUCCUUCCCCACCCGAGCUGAUGGCUCACAAACGUGUAGGUCUACCACUACAACGAAUAG